AUGAUAUCCGGUGGAGUAGCUAAACCUUUGCUUGAAGCAUCGGGUCUACCAUUAGCUACAUUAGGGGAGAUUUGGAAUAUCGCAGAUGCUGACAAUACUGGUUUUUUAAAUCAAUAUAGCUUUUGUGUUGCAAUGAGAUUAAUAGGUCAUGCUCAAAACGGGGAAGUAAUUGACGAUCAUAUUGCUAAUAAAGUUGCACCAUUAGCAAAGUUUGGUACUAUUCAAUCAAAUGCAACCGGUGGCUCUGCUCAAUUCCAAACACAACCACAAGCACAACGUAUUCCAUCUGCUAACUCAGUUACUUCUUACGCUUCAACUGCUUCGAAUAGCAGCGCAGUUGUUCCUCUCCUUUCACCUAUCCAGGCAGCUAAUUUUGGAGCAAUGUUUGAUAAGACAGCCAGCAAUGGUGUCUUACCGGGUGAACAGGCAAAAAAUAUCUUUUUGAAGGCAAGACUUCCCAUUUCGGUUCUUGAGCAGAUUUGGAAUCUAGUCGAUCAAAAUGAAAAUGGACAGUUGACUAGACCUCAAUUUAUUGUAGCAAUGCAUUUGAUCCAGUGCUUUAUGAACAAAUCGUUAGGUGUCUUACCUGCAGUUUUGUCAGAUCAAUUAUGGAAAGUUGCCGAGGGAACAUCAGGAACCCCGAAUUCCGGCGUCGGCGGCAUUCCAGUAUCAGGUCGUGUAUCUUUAAGUCCAGUUCAAGCACAAACUUCUGGCAGUGCCACACCAUCGGCAACAACUAACUUGAAUACUUGGAUUAUGUCGAGUCAACAGAAGAAGCAGUACGGUGCAAUCUUCGAUACACUAGACACGAAGAAAGAUUCUUUCAUUUCAAGUUCUACAGUUGCUAAUUUUCUAAUGACAUCCAAGUUGCCGAACCAAGUAUUGGCUAAUAUCUGGGAAUUGGCGAAUUUGGAUCAGUCUGAUAAUUUUAACAAACAGGAAUUUUCAAUUGCAAUGUACCUAGUUCAAAAGAAGCUGGCAGGUUACGAACUUCCAGAUGAUACACCGGCAGAGUUAAUCCAGAGUUCAGCAUUGGAAGAACCAGCACCACUGGCUGGCCCAAAUCAACCUGUUCCUCCACCACAAUCUUUUGCGGCUGCAAGGGACCAAGCAGCUCCCCAGAGAACUGCUUCUCAUAUGGAUGAUUUGCUAGGUAUUUUUAACACGGCUCAAGUUGUUGCACCAGCACCAGCACCAGCACCAGCACCAGCAACUUCGUCUCAUUCACAUGGUCCACCGCCACCACUGCCUGCUUCUAGACUGUCUACUCAUUUGACUGGGUCUAAUUGGGCACCUACUUCCGAUUUUGGUAAGAAUCUACAGAAGCAAACUCUUAAUGAAGAAGAAUCUUCUGACGAUGACGAUGGUCCCGAGAAUUUGGAUUUGCCAAGAGUCAGAGGUGCACCACCUGCAAUUCCAGGCCGUUCCAACAAACCUCAUUUUGACAGUCCUGGCCCUGGAACUGAUGUUGGUGGUUUCAGCAACUCAUCUAAUUAUGAUGCCAUCAAAUCCGUGUCUCCGACCGCAAAUAACAUAUUUACAAAUUCAGCGUUGACACAAGCUGCAUCUUCAUCAUUAGCUGCGGCAUCUACAGUGGCGGCAGGGGCCCUAGGUUCUGCAUUAGGUGGAUUUUCAAAUUCGACACCUAUUCAAAAGUCCGCCGUUCCGUCAUACGAUAACUCAGGCCGUGCAAUAACCGAACAGAUUACACAAGCUAGUGUUGACAUUGCAAAUUACUCUAACCAAGUCAAUUCGUUAUCGAAACAAACUUCUGUUGUUAAUGCAAAGAAGGAAAAGGCUCAGCAGGAAUUGAAUAAGAUACUGAAGUCCAAGGAAGACUUGCUGAAUAAACUUAAUCAGUUGAAGGCUUUACAUGAAAAGGAAACUGAACAAGUUGUUGAAGUUCAGAAUUUAUUGAUUCAAUCAAAAGAAGAAAAUGAUCAAUUGGCCAAUCAAGUUUCUGUAGCUGAAGCUCAAUAUCAUGCGGAGCAAACUAAAAAAGAACAGCUACAAGAACAGUAUAAUGAAGCCCAAAAAGCUAACCAAGCAUACAAGGAGAGACUAGGAACUCUGAACGCUGAAUCUACAGAUUUAAAGCAACAGUUAGUUGAGUUGGAAAAUAGAGCAAAACAAACAAGCAACAUGUUGGCCGUUUCAGAACAACAGGUAGUGGCGCAAGAGGUUCAAAAUGAGGAAUUGAGGCAAAGAGUUGCGGAUGUUAAUUCUCACAUUUUCCAAGUAGAAUCAAAGCAUAAGUUACUUUUGGAAAAAUUAGAAUCUUUAGAGAAUGAGAAUGCUCAAUUGCAUGAUAAUCAUGCUGAAAAGUCAAUUGAAUCAGCAAAUAAAAAUAUUGAAUACAGCAAUGCAUUCUCCGAUGCGAUCUCCAAAGGGGUAGUUGUUGAUGAUGAAUUAACACAAGUGAACAACGAUGAGGAAGUACCAACUGCUUCAUUAGAUGAAUUUGAUGAUGGCUUCACUGGACUCAAACCAGCAAAGGUCGAGAAGAGUACAACUCCGACGGAAAAUAACGUCGAGCCAUCCGAUACAUCUUCUUCUGUUAUGUCAAUGUCAAAACAAACAAAUACUACAUCUCCAACUCAGAUGGAUUCGGAUUUAGAUGACGUGGAUCAUCAAAUUGAGGGUCAAGCAGAAGAUAUUUCAUUGCCUUAUCCAAUUGCUCAUUCAGAAACAUCCUCCACGCAAAACAAUCCAUCGCAGUCAGUCAGAGAUGAUGCUGAAGUUGAACCUGAAAAUGAUUCUACUUCAACUAUUGAAGAAACAGGUCCCUUGAGUUCUCAGAUUUUACCCGAAGGCUCCAACCAAGAACCUUCAGCAAAUGAGGAAUCUCCAGAAUCGUUUGAAAUGAUUAACCAUCCAUACAAACAUGCAGAUUCCGGCGAAGAUAAUAUAAUUCCACAUUCAGCUUCCCCUGUGACUGCACAGGAUGAACGUUCUAUUCAUACCGAGACAGAGACUAUCGAAGAGCCACAACAAGCUAAGUCCACCCAUCAAGAGAAAGACGAGUUCCCACCAAUUCAAGAACUUCAACCUCUAGACGGUUCCAGCAGCAGCAGCAGCAGUAGUAGUGAUAGUGCCGAGAACUUUCAGGAUGCUUCGUUUUCGAAUGACUCCAUACAAAAUUCUGGCGCAAUCGAACCUCCAGUUGCCAAUGUUGAAAAAUCUGAUGGAACGACGGGACCAACAAAGAACCCCUUCAGUAACCAAAGUUUGAGCGCAUCAAAGCCAUCCCAGGAUAGCGGGGUAUCGAUUUUUGACGACCUAGGAUUAGAAACCGCAGCAGUGGAAGACAAUACUGACGCAUUUGACAACGUCCAAAGCGGUAUUGAUGGUGCUGGAUUUUCAUUUGCCAACAACGAGCUGACUGAAGCUACAGAAUCUCAGGGAGGUGAUGAUUGGGAGCAAGUUUUUGCGGGUUUUGGCAAUGAUCCAAAUUUGCAACCAGCAACCGUUGAACAUUCUGGCUCCAACGAAUUUACCCAAUCCGAGAUGUCUGGGUUUAGUGGUGUACCUUCUGGCGUUUCAUAUACCGAAGAGAAAUUUACUGAGUCUCAAUUAUUAGCAAUAGAAGAAUUGUCAGAUAUGGGAUUCGACAAGGAAGAUGCAGUUCGUGCCUUGAAGCUGAAGAACUGGGUCAUUGAUGAUGCAUCCAACUAUUUGUUAGACAAAGCAUAA